AUGGGACGGGGCGGCCCCGCAGUGUCUCGCCUGCCGGUUCCCACCCCCCACCCCCCCGCCAGGCAGGCCGCGAGCCUGCGAGCGGCGGCGGAGCGCAGGCCAACAAAAUGGAGUCGGCCAGGCCCUGCGCCCCGCCGGGGCACCCGGGCGGCGGCGGUCCCCGCGCCCCGCUCGGCCCCGCUCCCAGCCCCGGUACCCAAGGGCAGUCAGCGGGACGCGGGGCGAGGGUCGCCGCCCGCCCCCGCCGGGCUCGGGUUACCCUCUGCCAUUGUCCGCCGCGCCCCGCGGGCCGGCCUGGCGCCCCCGCCGCGCUCCCCCGCCGCCCUCCCGCGCACCAGCGGGCCGGGCCGUCGCCCUCCGCGGGGCUGCCGUGCCGAGCCGUGCGAGCCGUGCCGAGCCUCGCCCGCCGGGGAGAGGCGCCGGGUGCCCGCGGCCUGGUUUGUCCUCGCCGGGCUCCGCCGCUCCCGGACAGCCGCGCUCCCGCCCGCCCUCCCGCCGCCGAGCGGCGCGCACCGGACCCGCGCCCGCCCGCUCCGCCGGGACGGGCCGCCACCGCCGCCCCCCGCAACCAGCCCGGCCCACGGCCUCGCGGCGGGCGGCGGCUCCGUCGCUACCUCCGAUGCGGGCCGGGGUCUCCGCCGGCAGCCGCGCGGGUCUGGGCGCCGCGCCGCGCCGCCGCCGCACCGGCACGGCUGGGGAGGAGGGGAGCAGUGGUGGCAGUGGGAUGCGCUCAGACACACUGCCCAUCUGCUGUGUCACCUCUGCCCGCGCCAUGGCCAGCGCCCGCAGGAAGGGCCCUUCUCCGGCCCGUCUCUUCCGGCGGAGGAGCAGGGAAAUGGCAUCCCGGCCCCUGCUGCCCGCUCCUGCCCGGAUGUGCGGCACAGCGGGCAGCGUGGCCGGCCCUGCCGCCGCGGGGCUUUGUCUGCGGGCUGCGGCGGGAGCGCGGGCGGCCGCAGCCUCUCCGCCACGGGGUUCGCCCUUACCCCGCGGCCACGGCCACCCCCAGCCCAGCACGGCUCGCCACGCACGCCGGGGCUCCGCAGCCAGUCAGGCCGGUGGCUGCGGAGCCUCCCGGCACUGCAGGCUCCCUCUGCAGGCCCCGGUGCCCGCGCACAGCCCGCAAGGUGCCCCCACGGGGACGGCCCGGCGCCCGCGCUCCCGGCGGGAACGCGCAUCCCCCGCCCCGCCACGGCCGCUCCCGUCGCUGCGACGAUGCCGAAGGCAGAGUGGCCCCUCACCGGGGGCUCCCGCUCGGUCUCCCCGGAGAGUGGGGGCGUCACAGCUGGCCGGCGGGGAGGCCCUGAGCUCAGUGCGGAGGGAGCUGCGUCCCCCGCGGGAGCGGUGGGCAGGGUGGGCUGGCUGCCAGGCGCCCCCGGCAGCGGCCCUUCCGCGGGGCACUACAGGGAGGCGAUGGACGGCGGGCGGGCUCAGGGGGAACGCGGCCCCGGGGGGCAGCACUGCGGUCGUGCACAAAGGGCCGGGGGCGGUGGCUGGGAGCAGUGGCCGUGGGGCUGGAGCACGGCCGGGAGCGUGGGCGAAAGGGUUAAGGAGUCGCGGCGGGCAGGGGGAGGGCUGGCCCGGCCGAGGAAGGAAGCAGAGGAGGAGAGGAGAGGAGCGGAGAGCAUCCUGCCCGGAGGGUUUGCCGGGGGCCCCUUUCCCCCAGGAAGCGGCUUGCGGGGCUUGAAACCGCCGGGAUGGAGCGCAGGGAGCCGGGGCGGCGGGCGGGGCUCAGCCUGGCGCUGUGCCCGCAGGCACGCUGCCCCGGGCCGGCUGCCUGGCGCGGGGGCUGCUCCCCUUGCCGGGGUGACCCCGAGGUUCCCGGGCCCCUCACCUCACAGUCCCCCUGCCGUGCUACUCCCAUGGCCCCCCGAAACCUUGGGAGGGGGGCAGCCCAGUGUCACACAAGGACGGCGGGUGCGGGCCACGAGCUUCAGGGGCCAGGAGCCAUCACUGCCGAGCAACCCUGCCCUGCGUGGAAGAGCUGUCGCUGGGCUGGUGUCACCUGGAGGCCAGUCCCCGCGCAGCAGCCAUAUGCAGCAUGGGGAUAAUCCCUGA